AUGACACUGGAGCCGCGGACCAUCGCCGGCGGUUUGAACGAGGCCAAUGGCGCAGCCGUGGCCUGGCAUUACUAUGCGCUUGCCUUUGGUAUCAAGUCUCGUGUGCAGGUGGUGGAUCCUGCAGCCUUGGAGUUGGCCUUUGAUCCUCGCCAACUUGGCGAGCGCAAAUUCGAUCCAACCAGCCUGCUUCUUGCAGCUGGCAAUUCCUUGGGGACCAUCUCCAUCCACCGCUUGAGCAACGGGGAAACCAAGGCCGUGCUACCCCCGCCCUCAGAGGCGCUGCGGGCCGCACGCAGCCCCCCUGCCGUCAAAGCCCUCUGCUGGCAGCACACGGCCACAGACCCCCUCGGCUUGCUGGUGGCACUCUACAAUUCCGGCCUGAUCAUCACUUGGAAUGUGCUCAAGUGCGAGGCAGUCUGGGCGCUGGAAGGCCCACCCGAAGCCCAAUCUUUGACGUUUGAUCCAUUUCGUCCAAGGCGCUUUGCCACUUGCUCCCGAGGCGGCAUCAUUCAUAUCUACGAGCAAAGCUCCCCGGGCAGCCAACCCACGCAGACGCGCACCUUUCAGUUGGCCCAAGAUGAAGCCAUUGGUAUCACCUUUUCCAAACACACAGAACACCAACUGGUCAUUGUGACAAAACGGAAGCUCGUUUUCUAUGACCUAAAGGCUGAGCAGCCCAUAUCCGAGACACCCCUGGAGGUUGGCGGCAGCCCUUUUGUCUCAGUCAUCACGUGCAGAGAUGCCCCCGCCAUCUAUUGCUUGCACGAGAACUCGUGUGUGAGCCUUCGCUGUCGGCCCAAGUUUGGCCGUCUCUACUCUUACGAGUAUCGCGGCCAAUCGCGCGCCAUCCGCACGCGCUCAGCCCGCGUGAUGCAUAUUGUCAAGUCUCCGCGAGAGGACACAAUGGUGGCCUGCAUUUGUCUGGACGGCCGCGUCCUUAAGUUGCAGGCAGCACAAAUGCCGUCACAUGCCCACGCGUUGCUGGGCAUGGGCGCCCCAGUAGAAGCUCAUCGCUGCCUCAACAUUAAGGGCGCCUUGCGUCAAACCGGUCUGAUGCAUACCCUCAUGGUGCCUGUGUGUGCCAGUGGAGUCCAUGUGAACGCAGAUGGCCAACCACUGAUGGCCGUGGGUGGCCGGCAAGGACGCAUCCAGAUCUUCAACCUGGCGACAGGCCAGCUGACACGACAAUUUGUUGUCAACGAGAACACGCUUGUGGAUGUGGCCUGGACCAGUGGUGGUGCCCUGGUGGCGUUGGCCGGGAGUGAGGCUGGACCGUCGCUCUCGCGCAAUGUUCUCCUGCAUGUCGAUGCGUGCACCGGACGCAGCACAAAGCUCCGUGACCGGCAAGACCCCAGCAAGGCUAAGCGAUUGCACGUUUCGCCGCUGGGCCAGUAUGUGCUCCUACUUUUCCAGGACCAGCCCCCAGAGCUGUGGAGCGCCACGCGCCGUUGCUUGCUCAGCCAUUUUGGAAAAAAUUUCCCGCUGUGCGCUGACCUGGCUUGGAUCCAUUAUGGCAAUGGCAUGGCGGCAGCACAACACCAGUCCAACUCAGAUAGUGUGCAGACUCGCCUCCUUGAAAUCAUUGACCAAGAGGUUACCCGCGAUGAUGACCUUGACCCGGCCAGUUUGGGCGACGUGUUUGAAGAUGAGCCCAAGAAGCCCGACCAACUUGUCAUGCGCGAGGAGUUUAUGGCCGUGGAAUACGACGCGCAGCUCCAUGGAUACCGGAUUGAGGGCAGGCUGCGAUGCGCUUUUGCUCAACUCCUCGUAUGCCUCUUUCAGCUGGUGACCCAGCAUGUUUCGACCGACUUUGCCGAAGUCAAGCAAAUUGCUCUCAUGCAUGGCACCACUCUGGCGCUCGUUCGCUUUUCCAACGGCGUAGCUACGUUUGAUGUGGUGAAGGGCCAAGUCCUGUCUGCACUUCCCCUGGGCAAAAAAGGACCUCAGGCCAUGCACGUGUGCUGGGCUCGUGCAGAUCGUCCUGUGGUCGUGUUUGACGACUGUCGGCUCUGUGUGUUUGAUGUCAAGUUCAAGCGAGCGGAGAGUCACAUCACUAGCUACGAGCGCGCAACGCCUUUCACAUCACCUCUGGCCUACAGCGGGGCCAUGGUGCGCAAAAUCUACUCAGCCUAUCUGAGCGGACAAGUCCUGGAUGCCAUCGAGGCCGGCAGCCAGAGCGAGCAUUUGAUUGCCGCGCUCCCUUCACCAACAGUUCCAACUCAAGACAAUAAGGUCUUGCAGGCCCUCAAUUCGUUGGUCGUGGCCAGCACGGCCCGCCGCCGAGUGCAUGGUGUGACAGCCCUUCGCCGACCGCAAUUUUCGGCCUUGGUAACCGAAAGCAUCUUUGCUAACCAAGCCGACAGGGCCAUCCAUUUGUUGCUGCAGAACUGGAAUUCAGCACACGAGCACGACUACGUGGAUAUCCUUCGGGCUUGCUUCAUUGCAAGCAUCACGCAGCCUGAUAGCUACCGCACCACAGUCAAGAUGGCGGCCAUGAAUCUGAUCGCUAGCAAUCGUCUGGAUGAAGGCAUUGAGCUCUUGGUUUUGACUGGCUUUUGCAAGGAGGCGUGCAGCUACCUGCAAAGCUACGGUCGCUGGGAGGAUGCCGUCAUCCUCGCCAAACACACGCUCUCCGUGGCCGACCAACGACAGGUUAUGAGCAAACACGCUAGCGAGCUGGUGAAGACGAGCUGGCAAGAGGCCGCUCUGCUUUAUGCCAGUAGUGGGGAUACAGCGGCGGUGUUGAACGUACUGCCUUCAGCUGAGGAUGCGCCGUACCGCCAUGCUUUAAAAGAGGCCCUGGCCGCCAAAGUCCCUGCGACCGCUUCAUAA